CAUCUGACUGCUUCGCUUCAGAAAAAUCUAUUUCUCGAACCUUUUUUUGGUCCAGACUCGAUCUUAACUAUAUAUUGUCCAGAUGCAUGCAGUUGCAGGAGGACUAGGGCUAUUUAGUCCUAAACUGGGCAGGCUGCAGAUGCUGUCAUAUGUAAUUUUCGUGAUUUUCUUCUGCAAUAUUAUUAGUAAGAAUAAUGUCAUUGAGGCAGCUGUCCCGGCUGUUAUUGUAUUCGGAGAUUCGAUUGUUGAUACCGGCAACAACAACGAAAACUUCAGGACAUUUGCACGCUGCAAUUUCCUUCCCUACGGAAAAGACCUCAAGGGAGGAAUGCCAACCGGCAGAUAUUCCAAUGGAAAGGUUCCCCCAGACUUCAUAGUGGAAGCAUUGGGAAUCAAGGAGCUGUUGCCGGCAUAUUUGGAUCCAACCCUGCAGCCUAAUGACCUCCUUACCGGUGUUGUCAUAGCUGCCGGUGGUGCAGGUUAUGAUCCGUUGACAGCAAAACUUGCUGCAGUUGCAUCGCUAUCUGACCAAUUGAAACAGUUCAAGGAGUACAUAGAAAAGCUGAAAGGAAUUGUUGGAGAGGAGAAAACAAACUUCAUCAUACAAAACAGUCUGAUUCUUGUGGUAGCCGGCAGCAACGAUAUUUCUAAUACCUAUUUUCUUAGCGGUGUUAGGGAAUUGGAGUAUGACGUUCCUUCUUACACCGACUUCAUGCUCAAAUAUGCCUCUGAUUUUAUCAAGUUAUGAAUUUUGUAGGACUUGUAUGGAUUGGGGGCACGAAGAAUAGGCGUACUAAGUGCACCACCUAUCGGAUGUGUGCCUUCUCAACGAACGGUAAAAGGAGGCAUACAAAGAGAUUGUGACGAAAAACAAAACCAAGCAUCACAGCUGUUCAAUUCCAAGCUCUCUAUGGAGAUGGACCACCUUAACAAAAACCUGCCAAACUCGAGAGUGGUCUACAUUGACAUCUAUAAUCCGCUACUCGAUCUCAUAAAAAACCCAGCUAAAUACGGGUUUGAAGUUGCGAAUAAAGGGUGUUGUGGUACUGGCACCAUUGAAGUAACAAAACUGUGCAACCAGCUCCAACCUGCAGGAGUCUGCAUAGAUGACUCUAAGUAUGUUUUUUGGGACAGCUACCAUCCAACCAAAAGAGCGUACAAGAUCAUUGUGAAGCAGAUUCUCGACAAUUAUACCAGCCUCAUCACCCACAAGUUUAUGCUCAUUUCUUUUCGAUCAUUUGUUUUUGUGUACCUGCAACUUGGGGAUUUAAUUGUCAGAAUGCAUGCAGAUGCAGGAGGACUAGGUCUGUUUAGUCCUAAACUGGUCAGGCUGCAGAUGCAGUCGUCAUAUGUAAUUUUCGUGAUUUUCUUGUGCAAUAUUAUUAGUAUGAGUAACGUUACUGAGGCAGCUGCGACAGUCAAGCUACCGGAGAAUGUGACCAUCCCGGCUGUUAUUGUAUUCGGAGAUUCGAUUGUUGAUACCGGCAACAACAACGAAAACUUCGGGACAUUUGCACGCUGCAAUUUCUUACCCUAUGGAAAAGACCUCAAGGGAGGAAUGCCAACCGGCAGAUUUUCCAAUGGAAAGGUUCCCUCAGACUUCAUAGUGAAAGCAUUAGGAAUCAAGGAGCUGUUGCCGGCAUAUUUGGAUCCAACCCUGCAGCCUAAUGACCUCCUUACCGGUGUUGUCAUAGCUACCGGUGGUGCAGGUUAUGAUCCAUUGACAGCAAAACUCGCGGUAGUUGCAUCGCUAUCCGACCAAAUGAAACAGUUCAAGGAGUACAUAGAAAAGCUGAAAGGAAUUGUUGGAGAGAAGAAAACAAACUUCAUCAUAAAAAACAGUCUGAUUUUUGUGGUAGCCGGCAGCAACGAUAUUUCUAAUACGUAUUUUCUUAGCGGUCUUAGGAGAUUGGAGUAUGACGUUCCUUCUUACACCGACUUCAUCCUCAAACAUGCCUCUGAUUUCGUCAAGGACUUGUAUGGAUUGGGGGCACGAAGAAUAGGCGUACUAAGUACACCACCCAUCGGAUGUGUACCAUCUCAACGAACGUUAAAUGGAGGCAUACAAAGAGAUUGUGACGAAAAGCAAAACCAAGCAUGCCAACUGUUCAAUUCCAAGCUCUCUGUGGAGAUGGAUCGUCUUAACAAAAACCUGCCAAACUCGAGAGUGGUCUACAUUGACAUCUAUAAUCCGCUACUCGAUAUCAUAAAAAACCCCGCUAAAUACGGGUUUGAAGUUGCAAAUAUAGGGUGUUGUGGAACUGGCCUUAUUGAAGUAACAAAACUGUGCAAUCAGCUCCAACCUGCAGGGGUCUGCACACAUGACUCUAAGUACGUUUUCUGGGACAGCUACCAUCCAACCGAAAGAGCAUACAAGAUCAUUGUGAAGCAGAUUCUCGACAAUUAUUCCAGCCGCUUCUUCUAAGCAAGUAUUGAUGUGAUUUUAAAAAAAAAAAUUUGUAUAUGUUGUAAUGUUAAAAUAAGCAGUUGUAAAAUAAAACAGUUUAAAAAAAACUGCUUCUACAUGAGAGUAAAUAAUUGUAAAAUAAAGUAGUUAAAUGUGUGGUAAAUUGUUUAUAAUAAUUUAUGUUCAUAUAAUAA